UUAUACGUCAUUACGUAUUCCUGUCUGGGCCAAUGAGAGCUGAGGAGGGCGUCAAGCGGUCUCGCGCCGGGUAAAAGGAUUUGACAGUUGCUGGUCUCGAGCUCAGAGCCGAGCUGAUCCUCCGGUUGAUUUCCUCAGUGGGAACGAGACCAUGGCGGCGGCUGCUGCCUGCGGCCAGCACAGCGCUGUGUUAACGGCCGCCGUUAGCGGCAAAAAGACGCUUAGUAACAGGGAACACAGUCGGAGGAACCGGGAGAACUCUCGCCGGAGACAAGCCGCUCUUUUAUUUCUUAGUAACAUCUCCCUGGACGGACGACCAGUCCAGAGUAGUUCAGCCGUACAUGUAGGUAGCCGCCACCACAAAGAGACCGAGUCGGAGGGAGCCGACCUGGGCAGCUCGGCGGCGGCCGGCGGGUUGUGCCAGGAGCCGGGUAACAAUGACAGCUACGGGACAUUCUCCAGUUUGACAGCGGUCGCGAACUCCGGGAACCCCUCCCCUGCACCGAGGAAAGGACUCCUCAACAUACCGCCAAUCCUCGUCCUGCCGUCGGACACAGAGUUCAACGAUGUGGGGAGCGCGGAGGUGCUGCUCGAGUGCUGCAGAGGCUCGUUCCCUUCGCCGGGGAACAGUAACCUGCACUCGUCCCCAUCCAACAACAGCCUGCUACCGUCCCCGCUGGGACCGCGGAAGUCUUCCACACUGCUGUCAGUUAAUAGCUGCAACUCUGUGUCCUCCUCGGAGCCGAGACAAAGGACUCGUAACCUCUCCGGCUCUCCCAGACCUCGUCACACCAAGAAGAUCCACUUCAUCAAAAACAUGAAACAGUACGACACGAGAGGCAGCAGGAUCGUGCUGAUCUGUGCAAAGAGGUCUCUGUGUGCUGCCUUCUCUGUUCUGCCCUACGGAGAAAGCUUCUACCUUAGGUGUGUGUUUUGUCCAGGUCUAGAAGAUGUUGCAGACUACGAUCCUAACCUCCUCAGUGACCCCCAGUGGCCAUGUGGGAAACACAAGCGGGUGCUGAUCUUUGCCUCCUACAUGACAACAGUAAUAGAAUAUGUCAAGCCGUCUGAUCUGAAGAAAGACAUGAACGAGACGUUCAAGGAGAAGUAUCCCCACAUUAAACUCACCCUCAGCAAGAUACGCAGUCUGAAGAGAGAGAUGAGAGUAGUCGGGGAGGAUUGCGACAUACAGCCCGUCACCGUAGCGAUGGCGUUUGUCUACUUUGAGAAGUUGGUGCUGCAGGGUCGACUGAAUAAACAGAACAGGAAGUUGGUGUCAGCUGCCUGCAUCCUACUGGCUGCUAAGAUCAGCAGUGACCUGAAGAAACAGGAAGUCAGACACUUAAUUGAUAAGCUGGAGGAGCGUUUCAGGAUCAGCAGGAGGGAGCUGAUAUCGUUUGAGUUCACCAUCCUGGUCGCCCUGGAGAUGGCGCUCUACCUCCCCGAGAGCAAGGUCAUGCCACAUUACAGGAAGCUGGUGCAGCAGCAGUCCUAGCACAAACCCCCCCCACCCCCCCAUGAAGACUCUUAGC